AUGAAGCAAACAAUUUAAAUAAAGUAUAUUUAAAAAAGUAAAAAAUAACUACUAUUAUUCCGAAUUACACUUUCUCAACAUGAACGUAAUGGAUCCGAAACCAACCUGAUCGAAUUACAUAAACUAUACAUAAUUUGUUGCAGUAAAUCGCGAAUGCAGAUGUUGCGCAUGCGCAUAUCAGAUUUAAAAAAUAAAAAAAAAACACUGAAGGCGGCAAAUCGACUAUGGCGCGACGUUGACUCAACGGUAGCAUGGAAGAUUAAUGAAGAACAGAUGAGGAGAUUAUACAAGAGACAUCGUUGUGACAUCAUUCCACACUGAAUCUGAUCAAGGUCAAUCACUCACUUAAGAGACCUCAUCAUUGUGACAUCACUCCACAUUGUCUCCAGUUUGGUGCAAUCACUCAAUUGCAAUAUGUGAGUCUUGGGAAUGUGGCAAUGUAAAGUGUGUGGCACAGAAGUAUCCAGUAGGUAUGAGUUAUUGAAACAUUCUAAGCUCAAGCAUGGACAUUUUGGGGCAAGGUUCAGGCAUCAUUGUGUAUACAGUAAUUGUCCUUGCACUUUUAAAUCAUGGAAUAACCUCCUAAGUCAUAUAUACCGUGCCCACUGUGAUCAGUCAUCUUCAAAACAAGAACAGUUAGCCACAUUUUCAUGUCAGCUGUGUGCAUGCAUUGAGUCAAAUGAAAGAGAUUACUUCUGUCAUCUAAAUGAACAUUUGCGCAAACAUGAAACUGUGACUUGUGUAUUUAAAGAGUGUACAUUUAAAAGUAACAUUUAUAAUACAUUUCAUACACAUAAAAACAGGAAGCACAAUCCACAUGGUCUAACUGACUUUAAAUUAGAUGUUGUCACCGUCACUGCAGACUGUCAGGAGUCAGCCAGUUCUCCUGUUGAUUUUCCCGCAUGUUCAACAGAAUCGGUUUUAGAGUCAUUCAGUGAUGCUAAUAAUGAUGAAGAUAUUUCUAAGGCAAGUGUUCUUAAUAUUGCCCUUGUCUUAUUAAAGUUGGAAAACAUUUUGCAUGUCCCAGCCACCGCGGUUGAUGAAUUACUUCAGGAACUACAUUAUUCAUUAACUUCAGCAUCAAAUCAAGUGACUUGUAGCAUCAUUUCUGACAUUCUUAGAAAUCACAACUUAGAAAUUGAUGAGUCUGUCAUUCAAGAGCUUUCUGAAGCAGUGGGCAGGUCAAAUCCCUUGGUUAAAGCCAUAGAAAAAGGUGGUCCCCUUGCCACAGCUUUCAAGCGGAAGCAAUUCUACAAGGAACAUGUAAGUGUUGUAGAGCCAAUUGAGUUUAUCCUUGAUCAAAAGAGUCGAAAGACCUAUCAGUAUAUACCAAUUUUGCCUUCUCUUCAGCUGUUGUUUAGUUGCAGUGAUAUUUUAAAGUGUGUUACUGGUGACCACGAGAGACAGAAAACUGAUUCGGGGGUAGAGAAAGAACAGCAGUAUAGGUCUAUCAGAGAUGGUCUUUAUUGCAAGGAAAACUCUUUUUUUUGUGGAGAGGAAUUGAAAAUAUCUUUGUCAUUGUACAUUGACGAUUUUGAGCUCUGUAACCCUUAG